GUAAAGACAACAUGGUAUAUCUUGCAUUUUCAUUUAUGUAUGUAUUCUAUGGAUUUUUCCAUUGCUCAGACAAUCAAUCUUAUAUUUUAAUACUAUUAUUUUCACACCUUUUCUUCUUUCUAUUAUAUAAAGAAACCUCUUUCUACGAUACUCAGACCUUAAAAUCCUCAACAAUCAAACCCAAAAUCAGAAAUUGGAAUUCGAAAACCAUGGCAACCAAGUUUAGGCCAUUGCCAAUCUUUUUCAUUUUCUUGUGUUCGUUUUUCUUCAGUGCAGAAUGUAGGAGGUAUAAAGCCGUCAAUAUGACCUGGUGGUGCAAUCAGACUCCACACCCUGAAACAUGCAAUUACUUCGUCAGCCAGACGCACCAGCAUUUUGCACCCAAACAUAGGUCAGAGUUUCGCAGAAUAAUGAUCCACUUAGCCCUGGAGAGAGCCCUUAGUGUAGAAAGGCAGGUCUACCGACUAAAACCGAAAUGCCAUAGUCACAACCACAAAGCCGUGUGGACUGAUUGUUGCAAACUCCAUGCCGAUACCAUUGUCCAACUAAACCGCACCUUACAAGGUCUACAAAGCCAGAAAGGGUGUACAAAUUUCGAUGCACAAACUUGGAUGAGCACUGCCUUGACCAACAUCGAAACUUGCCGAACUGGGUCUGUUGAUUUUAACGUGUCAGAUUUUAUCACGCCAAUCAUGUCCAGUAAUUUAUCAGAGCUCAUUAGCAAUAGCUUAGCUCUUAAUGGGGUUUUGCUUGCCGUAGAAGAUAAUAAUACAGAAGGAUUUCCAAGAUGGUUCUCCAGGAGCCAAAGGAGGCUAUUGCAAUCUUCAUCCCUAAAAGCGAAGGCAAAUCUGGUAGUAGCACAAGAUGGUUCGGGGCAUUUCAGGACAGUUCAGACAGCUCUUGAUGCGGCGUCGAAGAGAAGAUAUGGAACUAGGUUCAUAAUCCAUGUGAAGAGAGGGAUUUAUAGAGAGAAUAUUGAAGUUGGCAUCAAUAAUAACAAUAUUUGGCUGGUUGGCGAUGGCCUGAGAAGCACGAUAAUAACAAGUAGCAGAAGCGUUGUUGGUGGUUAUACAACCUACAGUUCUGCAACUGCUGGGAUUGAUGGCCUUCGCUUUGUCGCUCGCGGCAUUACCUUCAGCAACACAGCAGGCCCCCAGAAAGGCCAAGCAGUUGCUCUUCGAUCAGCCUCAGAUCUCUCAGUCUUUUAUCGAUGCUCUUUCGAAGGCUACCAAGACACACUUUUUGUCCACUCUCAAAGACAAUUCUACAAAGAAUGUUACGUCUAUGGCACCAUAGACUUCAUUUUUGGUAAUGCAGCAGUUGUAUUUCAAAAUUGCAUUAUUUAUGCAAGGAAACCUUUGAAGGGUCAAGCAAACAUGAUCACAGCACAAGCCCGCAAUGACCCUUUUCAGAAUACUGGAAUUUCAAUCCACAACUCUCAAAUUUUGCCGGCACCGGAUCUCAAACCUGUGGUCGGUGCAUUUCAGACAUACUUAGGGAGACCGUGGAUGCAGUAUUCUCGGACGGUUGUUCUUAAGACUUACCUUGAUGGCUUCAUUAACCCUGCUGGUUGGUCAAAAUGGGGAAAUAGCGACUUUGCUCUUGACACGUUGUAUUAUGGAGAAUAUAGAAAUUUUGGGCCAGGCUCUUCCACUAGACAAAGGGUUAAGUGGAAAGGGUUUCAUACCAUAACUAGCAGCAGGGUGGCCUCAAGUUUCACCGUUGCUAAGCUAAUUGCCGGUAUGUCAUGGUUGCCGGCCACGGGUGUUCCAUUUAUUUCUGGGCUUUGAAUAUGUAUUUCCCAUUUAUGAUGCUUCUUUGAAAAAUACAUUUAUUUAUUGAUUCCAUUGGAAUUCUUUGUAUGUAUAUCAGCAUAAGCGUUCUCUAGAUUUGGGAUAAUCUACCUUUUUCUUAUUUC